UUUUUCGCGUGGAAAAGAAGGUUGGAGGUUGGUGCCGCCGACGUCCGAGACGCCGCCCCAACCCCACCGGCGGCGGCGGGGAGGUGGCGGGCCCUUGGAAAGCGACCAUUUCCUGUUUACUGUGGUGGUUAGCAUUCCGGGCUUCCGGCAGGGCGAGCUGCCCUGCGCAGCGCCAGGUUCCCCCCCACCACCUCGCUAUUCAGUAUAACGCCGAUUGCUAUUCGCCUCCGCCUAUAGGCUAUAUGUUUCGGGAGGUAAAGCCGGUCCGGCCGUCCGGGGAACAGGCUAGCGGCCGCUGUAUCUGGUAGUGCUGGUGGCCGGUGAUGAGUGCGCUGUAUCAGCGCGGCUACAUUUGUCGGCUCAAUUCCGUGCUGAAUCGUAGUGGUGAUGCACAAUGUGGGUUGGCGUGCGUGCAGCGGCGCUGGUAAUGGAGUGGAGGCCUUUUGGUCUGCUCCAAACACGGCCAUAUCCUACGCCGGGUUCAUGUUUCUCAUGCUUUCUUCCAUCUUGGUUUCCUUGCGGAUUUGCUGGCACGCGCAACUUUUGGUUCAAUCUUUUGAUGUAUAAUAAGUUAAUAACCCCACUUAGUGUCUCCUCCAUCAUUGCGCGGGCCACAGGAGUAAACUAGACAGUCCUAGGCUACUAGGAUUUGGUACCAGUUCAAGAAAAACACGCUACUGCAAUGUGGGCUUUUAGGAUAUCCUAUUGAGUAUUGAUGCCUUUUGUUGGAGAGUGGAGAUCCCUCCACACUUGCCACUUCGAAUCUUCUGAUGUGCCCUUUUCGAUCUUUAGGUUGAUUGAAGCUUAGCGAGUGAAACAAUGGCUGUUGGUAGCUGGGAAAACGAUAUUGAUUUAGGUUGACCCAGCAAGAAGCUUGAGCGUUGAAUCAAGAAUGAUGGGGCCUAAUGAAUGAUUUAGUGGACGUCAUAGCUCUGCCUCCCAACCAAUGCUUGCUGAGCAUGUAUUGUGAGCACCAACGGUUGUGUUCUUUUUCACUUUUCCUCAUGAAGUUUCCUGCCAAUUAUAUUGGACUUUGGUGGGUCAGUCAUUGUCAGAAUAAAUCUGGAUUCCUCAGGAAAACAUAAAUUGCAUAGCCUGAUUAACCAUGGGGUUGUACAGAUGCAGCAAAGAGAACUAUGUUGGGGCUGUUAUUCCACACCCACCUGCUACCGGAACCAUUCUGGACCUGAAUGACAGAAGGACAGCAACUUCAAGUGAACUAUGACGAAGUUAUAGCCUUUUACUAUCACUCGGACGUCUGACUUCCUCAGUUCCACCUCGUGGCUAUCACUAUACAAUUUGAUGAAGCUCAAAGUAUAUAACAUAAGCCACAUUGUAUCUUAUGGGUAACUGGGUAUGCAUGCUAUUAUUAGUUUUAGGUAUUCCUCUGAUUAUGCUUUGCUUUGAUCCAUCCACUGGACAUUGAAAAUUUGAGAUUGACUUUGAUGUCCUAUGUUUGCUGCUUCAUGUUGCAUGUUACUUCGUCCAAUAAAAAGUACUUGAUGUUUUUUGGACAUGAUGGGGACAAAGUGUACCUUUGAACACUAUUUUUAUUAAUAAUAUAUUUAUAAAGUAAAAUAAAUUUAUGAGAUUAUGGGAGUGUUUCUAAGGACAAAUCUACACGUAUGAUUUUGUGUUUCCAAAGUGAAUAUUCUAAAUUUUCUGAUAGUUAAAGUUUCAAAAGUUUGACCUGACCUUGUGAAAAACAAAGUAUCUGUGACUAGAGGGAGUAGAAUUAUAAGGAUGAAAGAAGUGAAGUUAUCAGAUAGAGGAGGAAUAUCAUACAGUUUGUCCUCAUCAACUUAGGUUUCUCGAUUAGUAAUUUAUGUUUAUUGAAGAAGCUGGUAAAUUUCUGUUGAUUGAUGUUACUAAACAUAUCAUAUUCCUUGCUGCUAGGCUACUAUAGCCUCCUAACAUGUUCUGGAUUUCUGAUUUUUCACUUUUCACACUUUUUGUGUGUAAUUUUGUUUUCAUAAUGAAUUUGUGAAAUUGGACAUGUAUUCACACGUCACUUUCUGUUUCAUCUAUGGGAUGCACUUUAUUCUCCUUUCAAUUUCUUUGUCACAGUUAACAAAGAAGCUUAAGGUCCUGUUUGGAUACAAAGUAUUUUUGAAGUGUUGGAUAGAUACCAUGGCUUACAAAAUACCUAGGUAUUAGAUAGCAAUAAGGUGUUUGGAUGUACUAAAUAUUGUGGUUUUGAAAACUGUAGUAUUACUAAAACCACAGUAAUUUUGUAGUUUAAUAAAGUUGUUUACAGUUAAUUGAAUUUGAUUUGGUGGUGAUUCGGGUUGUAGAAAUUCCCCUAUUGGCAAUUACCUCAUAUUUGACUAGUUUCUACACAGUACAUCUUUGCCAGACAGUGAGUUGUAUGCUCUAGAAAAAAAAUGAAAGUAGAUCUUUUAAAUAAGUGUCUGCAUCUUUGCCAGACAUCUGCUAGCUUCGUAUACUGCAGCAAAUGCUUGCUUUAGGUGUGAUCAGAAAUGAUACAAAGGAGAAAGGAUUGAAAACAUCUCGUCGUGUCUAGUGGACUGGGGCAUAAAUGGAAAUUAAAGGCAUUGCUAUUUUCUGUUUCUUGGAUAAUAUUGUGGGCCACUCCAGAUAUCUCUGGUGGAUAGACAAGAAGAUACCCUCAAGGAGUCACUAUGUAGCGUGUUGUGUUACCUCAUUGAAGUGCUUUAGAUCUAUCAAGUAUCAACUUCAGACAUCUGUGUAAAGUUGUACACGGUUAGCUGACUCUGCAAUCUUUCUCUCUGUGGUCACUGUAUCUAUUCAAAAUUUUAUGACAGCUGCUGUGAUGGAACGUGGAUCGUGAUUUCUGUUUUUUUAUUUGAGACUUCAUGUAGGAUAGCACGUCUUUGUUUCCUAUGCUUUUUUCCCCUGGGGUUAUGAGUCUUCUAACUUUUGUUAAAGAAACUACAUGGUAUAAUUAUUUAAAGUGCUUCCAUUUGGAAUCUUCCAUUGUUGUGCUUUGCAUAGCAUCUUUGGAGAUAUUACUCGUGUGGCUUCAGCUCUAUAGAAAAAAGUGGUUCCAUUUUCAUUUUCUCUUAACUGAAUAAUGCACUUACUCCUAAUUACUUGAUAUGAUGCCACUGAAUGUGCAAUAGGAAUAGUUUAAUAGAAACUGGUACUAGUUUUUGGUCUGCUGUUGGGCUUCACUUAUUUAUAAUAGGGCACUGGUGAGCUUUAAGCCUUUAUUGGUUUCAUUUGCACUUUGUGCACACUUUUCUUCAUUUGUCACAAAAAGGGAACAUCAUAUAGUGGGAAGUCUCCUCAUCCAAAUAUCUAUAUCUCAAAAGUUUGUGUCCAUAUAUUAUCUUCUGCUAUGAUGGUUAGAAUGUGAAGCUGCGCCUUCAUGAUUCAGCAUGUAUAACUAAAUAUUUCUAUUGUUUUGAACUGCUGUUGACCAAUUAUUAUGCUUUCUCCAUUACAAUUUUAGUUUUGAAUAUGCAGUGAGGCUAACCAUUUCAGGUACACUUUUAUCCUCAUGUUACAUCACAUCUUAGAUAUAUCAUUCCUUUUCACAUCUGUUGCUGUUGGUUGUUGAAAUUAUGGUCCAUUAUUACUUACAGAAAUAAACAUCAAUUAAUGAUAUCCAAUAAAUAGAAGCUCAUGUGCUUCAUUUACGUAAAUCACAUGCCAAGAUUUUGAUUAUGUUAGAUAUUGAUAUUAGCAAGCUAGCUAAUUUGGGUUGUUGUAAAAUUAUAACAUGUAUAAGGUAUUACCAUCUGUUAUACCAUAUUCUUCUUGGCUGCAUUGCUUAUCUGUGACCAUUACUGUCAGUAAAAGUACAUUUGUCAACCCUUCAACUCUGGCCAUGGUUUAUUUUCAAACCCUUAACAGUGAUAUUGUCAGAAUUUGCAACCCCGAACUUCAAAAUACAUCCACUUUAAGGGCUGUUUUGUGCUGACCUGGAUGCAAAAUAUCGUUGAAUACAUUGUGUUUUAGAAUGAGGGUUGUGUCUUAAAUGGUUUUGACUUCGGAGACUGGCAUUGUCAACUUCAGAAAGGGCUUAACACACCGAUCAUCUUAAUGGCCAGGGAACCAUGGACUCACCGGAAUGAUUGUGUUUUUAAUGGUGCCUCCCCAGAUUUGAAUUAGCUGAUCCGUUCUAUUUUGGGGAAGGAAACUCUAUUGUGUACAGCUAGGGUCAAAGAGCUGCAGAAUCUGGCAGUAGGGCAGGCAUGCUAGAGGCAUUCUAAUUUAGAGGCUGUCCAGCCUUCUGGUCGCUUAUUAUUCUUUCAGUGGGGCGUCUCUUUUUUUCUGUUAAAACUGAUGUUGGGCAUCAUGUUGUGUGUAAGAAUUGUGUUGGAUCUGUGUUUUUUUUAAAAAUUUGUAUUUUCCUUUUUUCUUAUUCUUAAAUGAAAUGAUACACAGCUCUCUUGAGUAUCUGGGAAAAAAAGAGACUGGCAUUAUAAAGUGGAUGGUUCAUACACAGUUUUGAUUACAUAUUUAUUCAUUCUAAUUUGUCUACUUGUUAAUCAUUACCACUGCUUUUUCACUAUGGCUAGGUUUGAAUUUUCCCUGAAGUUUACACUUGACAGUCCUGGAGAUUGCAACCCUUUUCCCAGUUGCUUCGGUGCAAGGGGUCUAGAUUCUGGCUAACUAGUUCUGUAAGCCUGAUUGUAAACUGCUCGUAUGGAUAUAUUCUGCAGUAUGGUGCGCCAUGACAUCACAUUUAUGUGGUGCGUGCAAUUAACGUUACUUUUGAUGGCCUCCGUGCUGUAUAGAGUUUCAGUAUAAUCUAUAAUCUUUUCCAACAAAAAGGGAAACAGUACACAAAAACAUCUGUUCAUUUGGGUCCUAGAGGUUGCAGGAACAGCAUGCAACUUUAUUUGUGUUCCUGCUUUUUUAUGGCUUCUGCAUGCAUUUUGCAUGGGCUGCUUCUCCUUUCCUUCCCCCUGGGAUACGUCUCGUUAGAUCCUCAAGCGAUGACGUCCAUCUGUUUGACAAAAAAUGUGUAUUUCAUGAAUCUACUUUGCUGUUCUGUCUAAUUCCACUCAAUCCUUUUUUUUUGGCUUUACUUUCAUCUCUUUUCUGGGAAUAGACAUCCACUUCUUGUCACACGGCACUACCAAAGUGGUGAUAGUGUGACAUGGAGUGGGUCUGCAUGUCCUAACCUCAUGCACCACAGCUCUUUAAAACCCAGGGCUGCAUCCUCUAGUCAAUAGCAACUAGGAGUUUCUGAUGGAGAACAACACUCCUUCAAAGUCUGGGACAGGCUUCUUCAAAACUUGCUUCAAUGGAGUUAAUGCUCUCUCAGGGGUUGGAAUAUUAUCCAUUCCAUAUGCAUUGUCUCAAGGAGGAUGGCUGAGCUUACUCAUUUUCAUAACCAUAGCAACCAUCUGUUUCUAUACUGGUAUUCUCCUACAGAGAUGUAUAGACUCAAGCUCGCUUGUUAAGACCUAUCCUGAUAUUGGCGAGCUAGCUUUUGGCCGGAAAGGAAAAAUCAUUGUAGCAAUAUUCUUGUACCUGGAGCUGUAUCUUGUUGCUAUUGAUUUCUUGAUAUUAGAAGGUGACAACUUGGAGAAAUUAUUUCCAAGUGCCAACUUCCAUAUUGCCAGUCUCAAGAUUGGAAGCAAGCAAGGGUUUGUGUUGAUCUUCAGCCUGCUGGUGUUGCCAACAACAUGGCUCCGGAGCUUGAACAUGCUUGCAUAUGUCGCUCUUGGUGGAGUCAUGGCUUCUUUCAUUCUAAUCGCCUCUGUUCUGUGGGUUGGAGCAUUUGAUGGUGUUGGUUUUCAUGAGAAAGGCGUGACUGUCAACUGGUCUGGUAUGCCAACUGCUAUGAGCUUAUAUGCGUUCUGUUUCAGUGGCCAUGCUGUUUUUCCCAUGAUAUACACUGGCAUGAGAAACAGAAAAACAUUCCCCACAGUGCUGCUCAUCUGCUUCAUUAUCUGCACCCUUAGCUAUGGGGUGACAGGCAUCAUUGGAUACUUGAUGUACGGGGAAUCACUAAGUUCCCAGGUGACGCUCAACCUUCCAUCAAAACGUAUUGCCUCCAACAUCGCCAUCUUCACGACACUGAUCAAUCCGUUCACCAAGUUCGCGCUGCUAAUCACUCCGAUAGCAGAGGCUAUCGAGGACAGCCUUCGUGUUGGCAAGAACAGGACCAUCGGCAUCUUCAUCAGGACCGCCCUGGUCGUCAGCACGACCAUCAUAGCACUUGUGGUGCCCUUCUUCGCCUAUGUCGUCGCGCUUACUGGCUCGUUCCUCAGCAGCACGGUCACGAUCUUGCUGCCCUGCGUUUGCUACCUGAAGAUCAGCUCGAGGACCUCCAGGAAUCUGAGGUUGGAGCUGGUGGUUUGCCUGGGAAUUAUCAUGAUUGGGGCGGGAGUAAUUGUGGUUGGCACAUAUAACUCACUGAAGCAGAUUGUUCAUAGCUUUUGAGUGAUCACUUUGAGCUGCUGUAUAUAUGACCCAAACCAUAUUGUAACCUACCCUAGUAACAUCCACAUCUGUAGCCUUAUGCAGUUGUACUCUCACCUUGAUAAGAAGAUAGCAUAUGAAAUUAGUUGCUAUUUUUUCGGACGAUAUUUUUCUUCA